AUGUCGAACUUAACCACUCCUGCUGUUGUUAUGGGUAUUGGUACUGGUCUUACCAAGCUAGGGUUUGCCGGUAAUGAUGCUCCAUCUUAUGUCUUCCCAACUGCAAUUGCUAGUCGUGCUGCUAAUUCUGGUAAACCUGCACCUCCUUCAAAACCUUCAUUUUUAGGUGGAUCUUCUGGUAAUUCAGGUUCAAGUGGUCAUUUACAAAGUAAAAGAGGUACAGAAGAUUUAGAUUUUUUUAUUGGUGACGAGGCUCUUGAUGCUGCAAAUGGUCAAGCUUAUUCACUUUCAUAUCCUAUUAAACAUGGUCAAAUUGAAAAUUGGGAUCAUAUGGAAAGAUUUUGGGAAAAUUCUAUAUUUAAAUACCUAAGAUGUGAACCUGAAGAUCAUUAUUUCCUUUUAACUGAACCUCCUUUAAAUGCACCAGAAAAUAGAGAAAACACUGCAGAAAUUAUGUUUGAAUCUUUCAAUUGUGCAGGUUUAUAUAUUGCAGUUCAAGCUGUGUUGGCACUUGCAGCUUCUUGGACUUCAUCAAAAGUUACUGAUAGAUCUUUAACAGGUACUGUUAUUGAUUCAGGUGAUGGUGUUACACAUGUUAUUCCAGUUGCUGAAGGUUAUGUUAUUGGAUCUGCUAUAAAGAAUAUUCCAAUUGCAGGUCGUGAUAUAACUUUAUUCAUUCAAUCUUUAUUAAGAGAUCGUGGUGAAGCUGAUACUUCAUUACGUACAGCUGAAAAAAUUAAACAAGAAUUUUGUUAUGUUGUUCCAGAUAUUGUUAAAGAAUUCAAUAAAUUUGAUAGAGAACCUGAAAAAUUUGCUCAAUAUAUAGUGGAAACAACAAGAUCCAAGAAAAUUGUUGAUGUUGGUUAUGAAAGAUUUUUAGCUCCAGAAAUUUUCUUCAAUCCAGAAAUUGCAUCAUCAGAUUUCCUAACUCCAUUACCAACUGUGGUGGAUAAUGUUAUUCAAGCUGCUCCAAUAGAUGUUAGAAAAGGUUUAUAUAAAAAUAUUGUUUUAAGUGGUGGUUCAACAAUGUUUAAAGAUUUUGGUCGUCGUUUACAAAGAGAUAUUAAAGGUAUAGUUAAUGAUAGAAUUGCUACAAGUGAACAAUUAAGUCAUGGUACUAAAUCAAGUGGUGUUGAAGUUGAAGUUAUUUCACAUAAAAAACAAAGACAUGCUGUUUGGUUUGGUGGUUCUUUAUUAGCUCAAACUAGUGAAUUUAAUUCUUAUUGUCAUACAAAACAAGAUUAUGAUGAAUAUGGUCCAAGUAUUGUUCGUAAUUUUUCAUUAUUCAAUGUACCAUAA